AUGCACCUCCAAACCCUCCUCCUCCCCCUCCUAACAACCCUAACAACUGCCAAACCCGCCCAUCUCUGGGCAACCCACUACAACGGAAACGUGUACACCCUAACCCUAAACAACCACCAUGACCUCUCAAUCACGCAAACCCUAAAGACAUGCGGCAAUAUGCCAAGCUGGUUAACCCUCGACCCUCAGACGCGUAUCGUCUACUGCUCCGACGAAGACGGGACGACGGAUCCAUCAACGCAUGGAUCCUUGACGGCGUUGCAUGCCGCGCCGAAUGGGUCUUUGAGUGAGAUUGCGAAGACGAGUACGGUUGGGGGUGGUGUUGCGAGUGUUAUUUAUGAGGGGGACAAGGGGAGGAAGUUCCUCGCUAUUGCGCAUUACGAGGGCGCAGCAAUCUCAACCUUCGCCCUCCCCAUAAAAAAAAACCAACCGGAGAACCAAUCCUUCCACUUCAACCUAACGCGCCCUGGCAAAGUCGCGCAGCAGGAUACACCACACCCCCAUGAAGUCUUCCUCGACCCCACGGGAUCGUUUGUGUUGAGUCCCGAUCUAGGCGCAGACCUACUACGCGUCUACUCGAUUGAAGGAUCGAGCGGGAAACUAAGCGAAUGCCCGUCUGUGAACGUAACAUACGGUAGUGGACCUCGGCAUGGCGUUUUCUGGACGGAUGGGACGGAUCGGUCUUCGCUUGCUUCUGCUUCUUCUGUUAGGACUAGCCAUUCGCGGAAGAUGGCAGCUGUAGGCAAGACGAUGAUGUAUCUCGCCAACGAGAUUGGCGGGACGGUGAUGGUAUACGAUGUCUCCUACUCGCGGUCUGGCUGUUUAUCUUUUGAGAAGACUCAGACUGUGGUUCCGUAUCCCGGUGGUAAGAUGCCUUCGGGAGCGACGCCUGCUGAGAUCCGCCGGGUUGGCGACGCAUUUUAUGUUUCUAUUCGGAGUGACCAGGGUUUCAAGCCGAGUGAUUCGAUGGUUGUUCUUGGCCGGAAUGCCACUGAUGGGUCUGUCAAGGUGCGGAACUCGUUUUCUGCGUUUGGAAAGGUCCCUCGGACGUUUGCGGUGAAUCGGGCUGGCGAUUUGGUUGCGAUUGGGAACCAGGCUUCUGCGACUGUUGCUAUUGUGCGGCGGAAUCGGGAGACGGGGGAUUUGGGGGAGAAGGUUGCUAUCUUACAGGUUGGGGAGCCUGGGAAGGUUGGGACUGCUGAGGGAUUGAGCAGUGUCAUCUGGGAUGAGUAG